AUGGCGGGUCUCUCAGAGGAGUGCCAACGGAAAGGUGGGAAAUGUGGCUCGCCCCCAGUUAUUGAAAAUGGAGACCUCCUUUCCUUCCCCAUGCAAGAAUAUCCUCAAGGUACAACUCUGGAAUACAAAUGCCCAAGUCUCUACGUGCUGGAAGGAUCUCAGUAUAUCACCUGUACUGACGGGCAGUGGUCAAGCCCCCCAGUUUGCCUAG